AUGGCGCCCCCGAAGCAGCCGCAGCCGCCGUUCCAGAAGGACGAGCGCGUGCUGUGCUUCCACAUGGAGUUGCUGUACGAGGCCAAGAUCAUGGACAUCAUGCCGGCCGAGAAUGGCGAGGGCUGGCAGUACAAGAUCCACUACAAGGGCCGGAAGAGCAGCUGGGACGACUGGGUGCUCCAGGACAGGAUCCGCAAGUUCAACGAGGAGAACAAGAAUCUGGCCGCCCAGCUGCUGGCCCAGCACAAGAGCCUGCAGUCCGGCAAGUCGGCAAAGCAGACUACUAAGAAGGGCGGCCGCGCGGCCAACGCCGGCUCCGACAUGAGUUCAGCCCGCGGGAGUGAGGAGCGCACUGCGGGCGCCACGACGGCCAGCGGGCGUGGUCCGCGUCGCGCGAGAGACUACGACCUGGAGCAGGAAGAGAACUUCCACAACAGGCCGUCGAUCAAGAUUCCUCUCCCCGACCACGUCAAAUCGCUGCUGGUCGACGACUGGGAAAAUGUCACCAAGAACCAACAGCUCGUGCCCCUUCCGCACGCACAUCCCGUCGAGGAGAUCUUGAACGACUACCUCGCCCACGAACGUCCGAACCGCCAACCAGAGAGCGCCUCAAUGGACGUCUUGGAGGAGACCGUCGCGGGCCUCCGUGAGUACUUCGACAAGUGUCUCGGUCGCAUCCUUCUGUAUCGAUUCGAGCGUGUGCAGUACCACGACAUGCACCAGCUGUGGAACUCGCCGGACAGCAAGCACAAGAGUCCCAUCGACACCUACGGCGCGGAGCAUCUCACCCGUCUUCUUGUCUCGCUCCCAGAGCUCAUCGCCCAAACCAACAUGGACCAACAGUCGGUCAACCGGCUGCGCGAGGAGCUCAUGAAGUUCGCCAACUGGUUCUCGCGGCACGUGGCAAAGUACUUCGUGCCCGAGUACGAGACCCCUGGCCCGGACUACAUCGAGAAGGCGCGGAGCGGCUAG